UGGCACGUGCCACUCGCGAGCCGUGGAGCCCACACAAAGCAAUAUAUGGCCAGGAUUUGGGCUUUAUUCCACCCUUCGCUUUGUUCCUAUUGGGUGGCUCCCAGACCAGCAGGGCCUGUAAUUUAUGCACACUAAUCCCACUGUGUGGUAUUGCUGUGCUUGAGACUGAGUGAUGUUUUGUUAUUGUGGUCCAGAACUUGAUGAACAAAGACAAUUUUGAGGGUAUUUUUCUCACAGUUGCAACUUGGCAGCUCAGAAGUGAGGUUGGAUUAUUAUUCCCAAGGAACUUGAUAAAUUGUAGGACAUUGUCAUUAGUGCUAAUAUAACGGCCCUGUGGGAAAGCAAGAAACCAUGUUCACAUUCCACCGUCCCAAGAUCUAUCGCAGCGUCGCCGGGUGCUGUAUCUGCAAGGCAAAGUCAUCUAGUUCCAGAUUUACAGACAGCAAGAAGUAUGAGAUGGAAUUCAAGGAUUGCUUCAACCUGGUAGAAGGCCAGAAACGAACGGGAGAGAUCUGUAAUGCGUGCGUUCUACUCAUUAAGAGAUGGAAGAAACUACCCAAAGGAACAGAGAGAAAUUGGAACCAUGUGGUAGACGCCAGGGCGGGGCCAGGGGGGAAGUCACAGCUGAGACACAAGCUGAAAACCCAAAAGACCACGCCCACCAACCUCUAUUCCAACAACUGCAACAACAACAACCCCGGCUCUGUUGUCUCGGAGCACGGGUGGAGCAGACGGAACAAGAGGAGACACGCGGAGAGGAAGAAGAGGAUGCAGCUACUUGAUGGGCUUAGGACCAGGAGCCAUCCAGACACUGAGGAUGCAUCACCUCCCAGCCCCACCCCCAGUGACACCUCGGACACAUCAGUUGUAUCCCAGCCUGGAUCUAGGACUGGCUCAAUAUCAUCAGAGGACUUAGAUGAACUACCCCCUCUACUGGCAUCCAUCAUCGACACUUCGUAUUGGAAAAUGGAGAAGAUAUGCUGUGGAACGAUCUUCAAAGGGGUCAGAGGAGAGAUUAUGAUACAUCCACAGCUCCUGAGGCCAUGUGCAACCUCCUGUCUGGGGUCAGGGGUCAAGCCAAGGUCAAACCCAAGCCCCGCCCACAGGUCACCUGCUGACCCCGCCCUCUCCUGCAACAAAGGCGUGGUCAGCGACGCCAUCACAACGGUGACCAACAAGAGAGGGACGAGACAGGACAGUGUCGGGAGCGAAGGGUCCAACGAAAGCUCUGAAUCGGAUGACCUCAGUUUAUCACGUUCCAGAGAGGUCAAAGGGCAGAGGUUAGCAGGAAGUGGUAUUAUCGAUGACAUCAUGGAAACAUGCUAGUGUUUAUUGUUUCGUGAUGAUCUCUUCCGAAUUGGGACUUCCAGAAGUGUUGUUUGUAUCUGUCGCACCUUGGUGAAAAUGACCUUCAUGUUCAUGUUCCUUUUAUGAAGGUGGUUACCAGGGCAAUUUUGAUUGCCUGUAACUAUCACAGCGCUGUACCAAGUCCUUUUGAUUACAUAUCUGACUCAAAGUGGACAACUCGCAUGUAGAUUCAGUUGAUGUGCAAAUACCAGUCAUUUUUGUAAUUUACCACAUAAACUUUCCAAAUUGUGAAAACCGCUGGUGAGUCAUCAUUUUAUGAGUGAUGUACGAUUGUUUGGUUUGCUACAAAGCAAAGAGGAGAAGAAAUUUGCCAAGAAUGUAUGUUUGUUUGUAGAAUGACUACUUUAAACAGCACAUUGCCAACUGUCAAGUGUGUGCAAUGCAAACAGGAGGAUAUGUUAAUUUGCAAUAUUGUGCAUUUUCUGUUUGUACUCGAGAAACAUGUUAUAAGCAAGGCAACAAUCGCGAUCUGUUAUAUAAACUACAGUACCUGUAGUAUACCUGUACAAGAAGAAAAAAGUUUUCCUGUUGCAUUCUACAUGUAUUAAAAAAGUCGAUGUUUUUUUUUUAAUGUUUAAGUUAUGAAGUUGGAUAUGAAAUACUGAAUUCCAAAUUCAAAACAUCAUUCAUUAAAAAUGAUAAAUAUGAUACGUUGGCUUGCAUGAAGAAUUUUGAAUAUCAUUUAUAGAAUUGUUAUUAAAGAAUGGGAUUAGACUUGGUAUCAAAAUACACAGAAGAGGUGAAGUCAGUGUCGUUGUUCAAAUAUUGACUUUGCAUCCUGCUAAUGUCUGGUUUAAUUUCCUAACAUGCUCAUUAGUUUGACCACAAAACCCUGAUUUUCUCAUUUUCUUAGAAAAUCAUUACAAACAAAAUCCUGUCCUUGUUACAAUGUUGAUUUGUGUGUAUAGGAGAUUGAGAGCGAGGUUUAUUAUAAAUGCAUAAUUUUAUUACAGAUGCAUUAUUUUGAGUAAUGAGAUGUAUUUAAUGCUUAUUGGGAUGGUAUUUUUUUGUGAGAGGUUGUUAUUACAGAGAGAAAGACUAAUUUUUUAAAAAUUAUUCAGAUGUUCUUAUUUUUAAACUCUAUUUAUUGCCAGAUUGGGCCAAAUGGUAAGAGAAGCAUGAUGUGUGAGUGUAAUAAAGAUAUAUUAUUAUAGAAGGAAUGUAAAUAUGUAAUUUCAUGUACAGUGUCUCUGUGUAGUAGAAACCAGCAGUGUAUGUGUUCAGUGUUCAUUGUAUCUUACACCUGUCAAAAGUGUACAUGUAUUUUCCAUUAUUUGGAACACCUUAAAGUCCUGUAGUGUACACAACACCUCGGGUGUUGUCCUUGUUACAGCAAUGGUUUGCUGUACGUUACAAUUUGUAAUGAAGGUGUCGAUUGAAUCAGUUUCCAUUGAAUUCUUAUACACUCCAAUAUUUCAGGUGUUCGAAAAAUGACAUCAAAUACGUAGUGCUAGUUUAUGUUUGAGUUGAAGCAAAUUAACACCAAACCUUGUCAUUUUAUAAAAGCAGUGUCAGGUUAACACUCAAGUGUUACUGGUAUACUUUUGGUGUUAUGGUGUCAAGCACAUUAACACACAUGCAGCAUUGAAUCAAUAUUGGACACCUUACUCUAUGCACUCCAAUAGUUAUUAUAUUACACUGCACUUGAUAAACACUUAAGCCCCCUUAUACUUCUAAUUCUCAGGAAUAUUUUGAAGACCUAAGAAUGCUUUCUUAUAUCAUCUUAUCCAAUUAUGCUACAUGUAUUGAAUUAUAUGCAUUGUGCAGAGGCGGCAUCAAUGUAUUUUGGUAGGAGUGGGGGGGGGGCUGGAGGCUUGAAGGGGACAUUCCCCCCCCUGUCAAUUGAAUAAAGGCGUAAUAAUCCAUAUCUCUCUUUUUAUGCUCUUUAUUCUUUGUUCUUCCCUUCUUCUUUUCCUUUUUGUUGUAAAAAAAACGCUCUGUAGUGCCACUCCUUACAUGUACAUGUAUAUGCAGCAACACCCUUUAUUGGGAUAUCAGUAUGUCUCUGAGUGCAAUUUCUGAAUGUGUUUUAUUUCUUGCCCUAAAUUGAUACAGGCUGAAACAAUAGUACCUCUCUUAAAUCACCUUGCCCAUGUAUGUCCAUCUUCUUUCCCUUUAAAUGUUGUUUGUUUGUCAGUGGGUUUUCAGUGUGAAUGUUGACAUUUGCCAGACCAAAGAGUUUUGUAACAGUUUACCAAGUCCUGUAUGGGCCCUGUUUCUCAAAAGCUUGUGAUUGCUUGGUAAUUUUGUUUGGACCCUGAUGCACAUACAACAAAGAUCAUCAUUUGCCAGUGUUGGCCAUUGACAUUUUGUGAUUGAUUGCUUCAAGCCAGCUUUAUCUUGAUUGGCCAUUGUUGGCCAUUGACAUUUUGCGAUUGAUUGCACGCCAGCUUUAUCUUGAUUGGCCAUUGUUGACCAUUUACAUAUCGCAAUUGAUUGCAAGUUACCUAUAUCUUGAUUGGCCAUUUUUGGCCAUUACCAUUUUGCGAUUGAUUUUGAGUUACCUUUUUCUUGAUUGGCCAUUGUUGGCCAUUGCCAUUUUGCGAUUGAUUGCAAACCAGAUCUUUUGUUGUGGGUGUCCUGGGGGUGUAACAUAUAUAUAUAUAUAUAGAUACACUUCAUGUUUACAAUUGAUUUCAACUGUUAAAGUGUAGAUUGCCACAUACUUAGAGAUAUAAUUGAUUUUAAAAUUGAUUGUACAUGUAUCUUUUGUGUAACAGGGACCUGGCUGUUUUGUGCACUAAUGAUGGUGCCAGUAUAGAUAUGCAUAGAUAACAAGUCAUAGAUACACCAACUUAGAUCAUAAACUAGAUCAUUAUGGACAGCAAAUAUUAUUUGUGUUUUGUGUUUAUAGGGUGGGGAGGGGGUCACUGCGGAGACUUGGUCGUCAUUUGUUAAAUUUGAAUUCCACCUCUUUGAAAAUACCUGUAUAAAGUGAGUGGAUGAAUCAUUCCAAACGUUAACCUUUCGAUGACCUUGUUUAGUUCUCUGUUUGCCGAAUAGGA